ACGGAUGGAGCAGAACAGCCCUAUAAAAGGACCACCCCGAGACAGCCCUCAACCUGUUCAUCGCCUUCCGCGCUGUUGUUGGUUUAACGCCGCCGUGGACUGCCCCUUUCCCACAGGUUUUCUUGUGUUGAUAAUUCAAGCAAAUUCAUCAGUCGCCAAGCAAAAUGGCAGAGUACGUAUUCAAGGUCAAACUACACAUCUACGAUCUAAGCCAAGGACUUGCAAGGCAGCUUUCAACGACAUUUCUGGGAAAGGCCAUCGAAGCUGUUUGGCAUACUGGUCUUGUAGUAUAUGGAAAGGAGUACUACUUCUCAGGAGGCAUUCAACAAGAUCCUGCCGGAAAGACUCCCUAUGGAACUCCGAUGAGGGUUGUAGAUUUAGGCGAGACUCAUGUUCCAGAGGAUGUAUUUGAGUUGUACUUGAAGGAGAUCAGCCCACGUUUUACUGCUGAGACCUAUAACCUUCUCACCCACAACUGCAACAAUUUCAGCAAUGAGGUAGCACAGUUUCUGGUCGGCACCACUAUUCCAGAUUACAUUCUUCAAUUACCCAAUGAAGUGAUGAACAGCCCAAUGGGUGGAAUGCUGUUUCCAAUGCUCCAAGGGUUAGAGACUACUCUCAAGUCUGGUGCUGUGCCUCAAGCACCACAAUUCAAUCCCGUCUCGGCUACUACUGCUCGUGUUGCAUCGAGUCGUGCUUCUUCAACCCUGACCAAAGCGGUCAUAGCUGAACAAACAGCAGCUAAGACGGUUGAUUCGACGACAUCAACUAAGCCACCCAGCAAAACUAGUGCAGGAUCACCUGAUGAAAAAUCAUUGAACGACAAAGCGCCAGAAGUAACCGAUCCUCUUGGUGCUGCCCGUGGCAAAGUACAGGAUGAGAUCAUCAAAGAAUUUGCUGCCAUCAUGGCAACCGGUACACUUCGCGCAAGUGAGGCAGCUGCCCUUGCUACCAGAAGAGUUAUGGAAAGACACGGGCGAUUAAACACGCCGGUUCAGCAAGGAUAAAUUUAUUGUUUCUGCUGACCCCAAUUCGCUGAUUUGAAACUAUUUCUUAUUUGUCCUAAGUUACUAAAGUUUAAUUACGGAUGGAUUAUGGUUGCAUUUACUGAAUCUAUUCUAUAUACUUGUGUUGCAAUUA